AUGCACAGACGCUACUUAGCGCCCCCAUUUCCGCCCACGAGCGUCUGUAACUGGCUUAAGGUUUACUUGUUUAUUAUUUUUACUAGGGGAUUGUCUGGAAAUAAAAAGGUACCUUUCAGGAAAUGGUUUGGUUGUCUUGGUGAAAUCAGAUCCCUGAUUCCAAAAAAUAACAAGAUUAUCAUUGUAACAGCCACAGCAACAAAGGCAACCAAGUCUCAAAUUCUCGAAAGUCUCGACAUUACUGCAGAUCAAUUACAUACAGUGGAACAAAACCCUAACAGAAUCAAUUUAAUGUACAUAUUGUCCUACAUGGAUAAACAAAGAAGUCUAAAAGAUGUAUUCAUCAAACUUAUAACUGAACUUCGAACAGUUUUAUGCAAAACUGAAAGAACCCUGAUUUACUGUCAAACUAGGAAACAAUGCUCCUUGCUGUUUCGUAUGUUUGAAAUAAAUCUUGGUAAAAACAUGUAUAAUGGUGCAGCUCUACCACCGAAUCGGUUAGUGGAAAUGUUUCAUGCUGGCACACCACAGUCUGUGAAAGACCAUGUGAUAAAAAACAUGACUGCCACUGAGAGUCACUUGCGUGUUCUCAUAGCUACAGUUGCUUUUGGCAUGGGGGUAAAUUGUAAGGAAGUCAGACGUGCCAUACAUUUUGGUCCAUCUAAAAACCUAGAACAGUAUGUCCAAGAAUCUGGAAGAGCAGGGAGGGAUGGAAAGAGCAGCACAUGUACUAUCCUUUAUAAUGGUCUACUGGCAGCAUAUUGUGAGAAAGAUAUGAAAGAAUUCCUGCAGUCCGACAGAUGCCGACGCCAUGAACUAAUGAGGAACUUUAGUGACUAUGCCUGUGUUGAAGUUAACCCUGCUCACAAUUGUUGUGAUGUAUGUGCAAGUAAUUGUGAUUGUAACAGUUCAGAGUGUAGAAUGAAUUGGUGUUUGCUUACCCCAGACAGCCACCUAGAAAUCGAUGAUUUGUGUAUGGCAACCAGUAAUGACGAUAACCCACAAACUCGGCAUGUUAAUGAACACCAUAAGCAAGAACUUAUACAGAGGUUGUUGGAAUUCCAAAAAAAGUUGGCUAACAGACUAGAUGCCAAGAAAUAUGUUUCAUGUCCAAAUGUGUUGAUGGAAUUUAACAAAUUCCAUAUUAAGCAAGUGGUAAACAAUUGUCACUUACUGUUUUGCUUGGAUGAUGUUCUUGAACACAUUGAAAUUUGGCGACAUCAGUAUGCCUGUGUCAUACUUCAAGUAAUUUCCGAAGUUUUUGGUGAUAUUGAGUAUGCAUGUUCAGAUGCAGAUUUAAGUACUGAAAACAUUUCCAUGCUUGAUGAAUCGAUCAAUUCUGUGUGGAAUGAACUCAGAGAGGACUCGUCAUUUAAUAGCAUGUUUGACAGUCUAAAUGUAACUGCUGAUGACACUACAGAUGACUGCAAUGACAUUUUAGCGCCCCCAUUUCCGCCCACGAGCGUCUGUGACGCAGGCUAA